CUGUGGACAUUGGAUUUGGUGGAACAGCAAUCAUGACGGUGGGAAAAAGCAGCAAGAUGCUGCAGCACAUUGAUUACAGAAUGAGAUGUAUCCUGCAAGAUGGCCGAAUCUUCAUUGGCACGUUUAAGGCUUUUGACAAGCAUAUGAACUUGAUCCUCUGUGACUGUGAUGAGUUCAGGAAGAUCAAGCCAAAGAAUGCAAAGCAGCCAGAGCGUGAAGAAAAACGGGUUUUGGGUCUGGUGUUGCUGCGUGGGGAGAACUUGGUUUCCAUGACUGUGGAAGGACCACCCCCCAAAGAUACUGGCAUUGCUCGAGUACCACUUGCUGGAGCUGCAGGAGGCCCUGGGGUUGGCAGGGCAGCUGGCAGAGGAGUACCAGCUGGUGUCCCAAUUCCCCAAGCUCCUGCUGGAUUAGCAGGCCCUGUCCGAGGGGUUGGAGGACCAUCCCAACAGGUAAUGACUCCACAGGGAAGAGGCACUGUAGCAGCUGCUGCAGUUGCUGCAACUGCCAGCAUUGCUGGUGCCCCAACUCAGUAUCCACCCGGACGGGGGACUCCACCCACACCUGUGGGCCGAGCAACCCCACCUCCAGGCAUUAUGGCUCCUCCACCUGGUAUGAGACCACCUAUGGGCCCUCCAAUUGGGCUUCCCCCUACUCGAGGGACCCCAAUAGGCAUGCCUCCUCCAGGAAUGAGACCCCCUCCACCAGGAAUUAGAGGUCCACCUCCACCCGGAAUGCGUCCACCAAGACCCUAGGAUUCUAUCAAUCCUUCAUAGUCACUUUUUCCUGCAAUGCGUCUUGUGAAACUGUGUAGAGUGUUUGUGAGCUUUUUGUGCCCUUGCUACAUAAAAUUAGCUAAUAAAUGCAUAGAGCAAUU